AUGGUGUUGCUUCCAAAAGCAAGGCAUGAUUGGAUGCAUCUAAGAUUCUUAGACUAUAAGUCAGUGGAUGAUUACAAUUCAGCUCUAUUCAAGAUUGUCUCAAUACUAAAGCUGUGUGGUGAAGAGGUAACCGAUAGCAUGAUGCUUGAAAAGACCUAUACAACUUUCAACCACUCGAAUUCUGUGUUGCAAGAGCAAUACAGGACAAAGGGCUUUGCCACAUAUACUGAUCUGAUCUCAUGUCUACUCCUGGCCGAGGAAAACAAUGAACUCCUACUAAAGAGUAACGGGGUUAGACCGGCCGGGACAGCACCACUACCCGAAGCCCAUGAGGUCGAGAAGAAAGAUCCUCCCAAUGAAACCUAUUACGUCCAAGACAACAAGAAACCAUACGGCAAUAGCCGUGGUGGAUUCAAGAGGCGUGGACGUGACAACUCAAACGGCCGAGAUGGCUACUCAACUGGCCAGAAAGGAAACCACAAUAACCGUGGUCAUGGUUCCAAUUACGGCCGGGGUCGAGGCAGCUACGGCCGCGGACGAGGUGGCAUAUCCAAACCAUCUUACACGUCCAACAAGUCUCUAUGCCAUAGAUACGGGAGUGACAAUCAUUGGGCAAAGAAUUGUAGAACUCCGAAACACUUGUGCGACCUCUACCAAGAGAGCAUCAAGAACAAGAACCCGGAGGCAAACAUUAUCCAAGAAAACGUCCAUGAGGACAAGGGAUAUGGAUCUGAAGAUUCUGAUCAAGUUUUGAACAAAACCUUUCACAUUCUUGUCGAUUACGUUACUAGUUUGCUUGAUCCGAAAGUUCCUUGUGUUCGUGUGAUUCGAUCUGUUACUAGAACCAUAGAUCAGGAUUUGUUUAAUCUCAAAUCAUCACCUGUUGAAUCUCGAAUCCUUUUCUGA